UGACUACAAGCGCUCCGGCGCCGCGUGGUGAUGGCAGUCACAAGUGGGGCUGGUCGACCGCGGCGCGAUAUCCGCAAGACAUCCGCUGGGCCACUGCUGGGCCUCCGCACACCACCGCCAGACCACCGCACACCACCGCUGGGCCACCGCCAGAUAUCCGCCAGACAUCCGCUGGGCCUCCGCAGACCUCCGCCAGACCUCCGCUGGGUGCGGCGCCGCUUCAAGUGGGCCUCCGCCGGAUUCGAACCUGACACAUCGUUGAUGUCGGGAACGACGACAUCCGCUACCUGUCCCCUACGACGCACGGGCACAACUUACAUGUAACUACCUACUGACAUACAUCCAGUAGCCGU